GGCGGUUCGAAACAUAUUUCUUAUAAGCGUAAACGUAGUGAACGAUUUCAGGUUGCUCUAGAUGCUUCCAACAAAGAGAAGGUGAUUCUCGAUUUGCUGAACACCCACCAGAGGUUUUCGGCAUCGGCGUCGGGAAAUGUGGCAGCGGCCGAUACAUACGACGGGAAAAGGGCGCAGGUGCAGAAGAUUGGCGAGAAGGGAGGCAUCGCCACCGUCGAUGGCCAUAUAGCGCAACUUAGAGUAAAAGAGGAUGAAAGUGGUCGGCACGCUUUCUUGAAGGCUGACGGGCAAUAUGACCUGGAUGCAGUAGCCUCUGGAGAUUUCAAAGAUCCAGAGAAAACGUCAUUCGCUGCAACAAACAGUCGGUUUGAUUUCAAUCUCAACCCAAAAGCACAUGACAACAACACUGGCACGGGAACUCUGGGAUUUAAUGAUAAGGAGAAGGGAAAAAGCGGCAAGUAUGCCUACACGAUCACGCAGAACGGUAAGAAGACGGACGCGACGAUCUCGGCCCACGACAUAGGCAGCACUGGGUUCGCCGAGAGUCUCUUUGGAAGGCGCAGCGAAAAGUAUCACUGUUCAGCGGAAACACCCGGAGUGUCUCAGUGUUACGAUGCACAGGGUCGAUCCGUCGGGAAGGUGGUGGCGGAUAAGAAUGGCAACACCGUCAUCUAUAAUGAAAAAGACGUUCCCAUUGGAACGGGCUCGGUGAAGCAGAUUGGCCCUCGGAGUUAUGAGGCGGUGAUUUCGAAGAAUUUGUUCAUUGCACGGCUGAAGGAUGCUCGAUCCGAGGCUUGUUGCCGGGAGGUGUCAGGCCAGGACUGCACAGAGCCGAUUAAGCUCGCCAACCCAUCUUUCUCACAUCCGUCAAGUCGAGACAAAGACGGCACCGUCCAUCUAACUUGGCCCGACUGCUUCGACAUGGGAAUUGACGUCACACUUCCGCCAGGAGUCCACAUUAACAAACUAGCAAUGAAGCUAGACGUGUCAAUACAACCGAUUGGUAAACUUCGAUGUAUGGACGUAGCCACUUGUGGUCGAGAGUGCUUUUAUUGCGAUUUCUGCAAGGAGAGUAGAAAACUUAAAUUGUUGGAAAAUACCGACGGGAACUUAUGUCGUGCGACCGCUGAGAGGACAUACCGACUGACUGUGAAGCUUUGUCCGCCGCCAGAGGAUCCGAAUUUUACCAUGUGUUCUGCGUUCUCAAAAUCUGUUUGGCAAAAGGACUAUUGGCAUAAAAAAGGAGCUGUAGAUGUCUGGAUGAAAUUCUACGAACGCGGGCAAACCCGGCCUGAGUUGGAAAAGGAGUUCUUUGCCCAAAUCGACAAUCCACUGCUUGGAAAAGCUUUCAAACUCGCCAUCGUUGCGGAGUGGUUGGCCGUAAACAGCCUUGAUCAAGGCUCGUAUACUCCGUCGAAUUCGGAGCUGCUCGAGUUUUGGGUGUCAAAAAGAGACCCUGAUCGUCUUUUGGCUUGUCAACAUGCAGUGGUCGACUAUGAAAUCGAGGGAGCAAAAGUGAAGACGAACGUGCUGUUUGAAGUGGCAACCACCGCAAAAUCGUUUCCCAACAUUCUAAAGGACAAGAAAUGUGCGGCGUUCGAGAAAUUGCAAGAGGAGCGCUUUCAACAGGAAGCUCAAGAAUUCAAGAAACGAACGGGAGGCGGAAACUUCCUGAGUGGUUUGGGCGGUUUCCUGAAUACAGUACGAGGAGGAAAAUAA